GGGAGUUUUACCGUGGAAUUAUCAUACAGAACAAGGAAUUUAUACAAAAGAAGAAAUAUCACGACCUCCACAAACAAUGGCUCUUCCCGAAUACAAGCAAGACUUCAUCAAGACCUGCGUCUCUGCCGGUGCCUUGAAAUUUGGUACCUUCACGCUCAAGUCCAAGCGUGUCUCCCCAUACUUUUUCAAUGCGGGACUAUUCCACCGGGCAGAUCUACUGAGGUCCAUCUCCUCUGCCUAUGCGCACACCCUCAAAGACUAUGGAACUUCCAACCCAGAAUUCCAGUGGGACGUUCUUUUCGGUCCCGCCUACAAGGGCAUUCCGCUUGCUGCUGCCUCAGUAGACAAGCUGGCUGAUCUGGACUUGGAAAAGUAUGGAAAGAAGAGCUACAGCUUCAACCGCAAGGAGGCCAAGACCCACGGCGAGGGUGGAAACAUUGUAGGCGCCUCGCUCAAAGGCCAAAAGAUUGUCAUCGUGGACGAUGUCAUCACAGCAGGUACCGCCAUCCGCGAGGCCAUCGACAUCAUCAAGAAGGAGGGUGGAGAGCUUGUCGGCAUUAUCGUCGCUUUUGAUCGCCUCGAGAAGACCCCCAGUGCGACGGAUGAUGAUGGUACUCCCAGGCCAAGCGCCAUUGGAGAGGUUAGGAAACAGUAUGGAAUCCCCGUGCUCUCCAUCUUGACCUUGGACGAUGUGGUCGAGUACCUCCGAGGCCUGGGCAGUGAGGACGACUUGAAGAGGCUAGACGAGUACCGGGAGAAGUACCGAGCAAGCGACUAAAGAUGGGAUCAGUGCGGAGGACAUGAUUGGGAAUUAGGAUAGAGGAAUGGGCAUAUUAGAAGAGAGCACAGGAUCACAUGAUCGAUGGUUUUUAUGAGAUCUAGGGCAAUACAAAAAUUGAUGAAUUAUGAACUAUGAGGAGCAUCACUUGAUGGGGAUGAUACUUAGACCGAAAAUGUACUGUUUGGCCUGUAGAUAUAAUAAGGGGACGUGGUGGCCAUUGUUUGAACGACAAUAUGCCGUCUGUGGCUUUUUUCUCAUAUUCUGUAAUGCUAUAAUAUACGGAAUAGUU